GCGCGGCGGCUGGUACUGAAGGCCAGUAGUUACAGUUAUGAGGGACAGCUAUAAUCCUAACACCGGUCUGCCGCUCACAAAUGCACGACUCUAGGCUCUGAGCUUGCAGUCUGGGAGCUUAGGGUCUCGGACAGGGCUUCCUGCAGGUCCGCGGCCUGCGGAGACUUCGGUGUCCUGUGCUACGGUGGCCGCGCAGGGCCGCGUGCUGCACGUCCCGUGGUGCGUACGCGCUGUUCGAAGCGGCUGCUGAAGCCGGAGCGCGUCCUGGUGUGGGGACUCCUGCGCGGCUGUACAGUUAUCCAAUCCUGUGUCGCCGAGGAGUCGGCUUGAGGCUAGCGGAGUGGAGAAGUACAUUGGAUUUUCUAAAAGAAUGGAAUCAAGUGAUGGCUUUUUCUUUAGAAUUUGAAUAUGGAGGCUUCAGGAACAGAUGAAGUUGACAAGCUAAAAACUAAAUUUAUUUCUGCUUGGAACAAUAUGAAAUAUAGUUGGGUGUUGAAAACAAAGACAUAUUUUAGUAGAAAUUCGCCUGUUUUAUUGCUUGGAAAAUGUUAUCAUUUUAAAUAUGAAGAUGAAAGCAAGAUGUUGCCUGCAAGAUCAGGAUGUGCCAUUGAAGAUCAUGUAAUUGCAGGGAAUGUGGAAGAGUUCCGUAAGGAUUUCAUUUCUAGAAUAUGGCUGACCUACAGGGAGGAAUUUCCCCAAAUAGAAGCGUCAGCCUUGACGACAGACUGUGGCUGGGGCUGUACACUGCGGACUGGCCAGAUGCUGUUGGCUCAAGGACUCAUACUACAUUUUCUUGGUAGAGCUUGGACCUGGCCCGAUGCACUGCAUAUUGAGAAUUCAGACUCUGACUCAUGGACUUCCAACACUGUCAGAAAGUUUACCGCAUCAUUUGAAGCAUCACUUUCAGGAGAAAGAGAACUCAGGACUCCAGCAGUUUCUCUGAAGGAAACGUCUGGGAGGCAUUCUGAUGACCAUGCAGUCCGGAAUGAGAUCUACCACAGGAAAAUCAUCUCCUGGUUUGGAGAUUCCCCCGUGGCUGUCUUUGGCUUACACCGACUGAUAGAGUUUGGAAAGAAGUCUGGGAAAAAAGCUGGCGAUUGGUAUGGACCAGCGGUGGUCGCUCACAUUUUAAGAAAAGCAGUUGAAGAAGCAAGGCAUCCGGAUUUGCAAGGGCUAACCAUUUAUGUUGCCCAGGACUGCACAGUUUACAAUUCUGAUGUGAUUGAUAAGCAGACUGAUUCCGUGACGGCUGGAGAUGCACGAGACAAGGCUGUUAUUAUUUUAGUUCCUGUUAGACUCGGUGGAGAAAGGACCAAUACUGACUAUCUGGAGUUUGUGAAGGGUGUUUUAAGCCUCGAGUACUGUGUCGGUAUCAUCGGCGGCAAACCUAAACAGUCAUAUUACUUUGCUGGAUUUCAAGAUGACAGUUUGAUUUACAUGGACCCUCAUUACUGCCAGUCUUUUGUGGAUGUCAGCAUAAAGGAUUUCCCUCUCGAGACAUUCCACUGUCCAUCUCCUAAAAAGAUGUCGUUUCGAAAAAUGGAUCCUAGUUGUACGAUUGGAUUUUACUGUCGAAAUGUCCAGGACUUUGAACGAGCAUCUGAAGAAAUCUCUAAGAUGUUGAAAAUUUCCUCUAAGGAGAAAUAUCCAUUAUUUACUUUUGUAAAUGGCCAUUCCAGAGACUUUGAUUUUACGUCUACUGCAGCCAAUGAAGAAGACCUUUUCUCAGAAGAUGAAAAGAAGAAUUUCAAAAGAUUUAGCACAGAAGAGUUUGUCCUCCUUUAAAGGUGAAGACAUUUGUGUGACAUUUGUGCUUGCAAGGAGCGCUUGAGCACAGCAGAGAGGAGUGAACUAGAGACCCUGACGGGGCACAUCCUGUCACCAGUGAACAUGUGAAAACACCUAGACUUUAAGGUAUUUUUCUGAAUACCUUUUCUAAAUGACUCGACGGCUCUUGCUUUCCAGUGAUAAAUAACAAGCGGUUCUGGUUUCAUUCCUGUUUCCCAAAGGCAGGCUAGCAACACUACAUUGACUGCAAGCCUUUCGGUCCCCAGCAUUUUCUACCUGAGCCCAUUGGUCCCCUGAAGGCUUUAUGAUACAUGUUUCCUCAAAGAUUUGGAUCACCAAAUUACUUUUAAAGCCUCACUUUGUAUUAACGACAGGAGACUGGAUCUUCAGAGCUACCCAACCUCCUGCUCUUAACGUAGUAACCGGAGGACGUUUUGGGUUUAUGUAUCUGGAUAAUGAAAUGGACACAUAAAAUUAUGUAAGCAGGAUUUUAAGGCAAUACUUACCAAUAUGAUUUUUAUAGCAGCUACUCUUUAUGCGUUCUGCAGAGUCUUGUAUGAGGAAUGAAUACAAAACAUUUGCUUUCCUCCCCUUCCCUUUCUCCUCCUUCCUU